CUUCCUUGUUUAUAUAUAUAUACACAUAAACAUACCAAGUUCGCAAGACUUCCACGUGACCCUCUCUUCUCUUUUCUUUUUACAAGAGAGGCCUUGUUUUCGUUGUUUUGAUUAGGAUCGUUUGGAACCGCUUAACAGAAAUGGCAAAGAAUGUGGGGAUUCUCGCUAUUGACAUCUACUUCCCUCCCACAUGCGUUCAACAGGAAGCAUUGGAGGCUCAUGAUGGUGCCAGUAAAGGGAAAUAUACCAUUGGACUUGGACAAGAUUGCAUGUCUUUCUGUACCGAGUUAGAAGAUGUCAUCUCAAUGAGUUUGACUGUGGUUACUUCACUUCUUGAGAAGUAUGGGAUUGAUCCUAAACAAAUUGGUCGUCUGGAAGUAGGCAGCGAGACUGUGAUAGACAAAAGCAAAUCCAUCAAGACAUUCCUGAUGCAGAUCUUUGAGAAAUAUGGAAACACUGACAUUGAGGGUGUUGAUUCAACUAAUGCAUGCUAUGGAGGAACUGCUGCUUUGUUCAAUUGUGUCAAUUGGGUGGAGAGCAAUUCUUGGGAUGGACGCUAUGGACUUGUUGUCUGCACUGACAGUGCAGUGUAUGCUGAAGGACCUGCUCGGCCUACUGGAGGAGCUGCUGCUAUUGCCAUGCUAAUUGGUCCUGAUGCUCCCAUUUCUUUUGAAAGCAAAUUGAGGGCAAGUCAUAUGUCUCAUGUUUAUGAUUUUUACAAGCCUAAUCUUGCUAGUGAAUAUCCGGUUGUUGAUGGGAAACUUUCACAAACUUGUUACCUCAUGGCUCUUGAUUCUUGCUAUAAAAACUUCAGUCACAAAUAUGAGAAACUCGAGGGAAAACAAUUUUCUCUUUCUGAUGCUGAGUCCUUUGUAUUUCACUCUCCUUAUAACAAGCUUGUACAGAAAAGUUUUGCACGUUUGCUGUUCAAUGACUUCUUGAGGAAUCCCAGCUCUGUGGAUGAGAUUACCAAAGAAAAGUUGGGACCUUUUACAACUUUAUCUGGUGAUGAGAGCUACCAAAGCCGGGAUCUUGAAAAGGCAUCCCAGCAAGUUGCAAAGGCUCUAUAUGAUGAGAAGGUACAACCAACUACUGUGAUACCAAAGCAAAUUGGCAAUAUAUACACUGCGUCUCUCUAUGCUGCUUUUGCAUCCCUUAUUCACAACAAACAUAGCACUUUGGCAGGUAAGAGGGUGAUAUUAUUCUCAUACGGAAGUGGCUUAACUGCCACAAUGUUUUCUUUGCAAUUACGUGAUGGUCAACAUCCAUUUAGCUUGUCAAACAUUGCUCGAGUGAUGGAUGUUACUGGAAAAUUGAAGUCAAGGCAUGAGUUUCCUCCGGAGAAGUUUAUUGAAACCCUGAAGCUAAUGGAACAUAGGUAUGGUGCCAAGGAGUUUGUGACAAGCAAGGACAGUAGCCUUUUAUCUCCGGGCACAUUCUAUCUCACUGAAGUUGACUCUAUGUAUCGGAGAUUCUAUGCAAAGAAAACUAGAGAAAGCAGUUUGACUCCCACAGACAAUGGUUUGAUUGCCAAUGGUCACUGAUGUUUAGCAUAUACAACGUGCAAUAAAUGGAAAUCUACGUCGCUUAGAAUGAAGAAGGGUAUUCUUGUUUGCAUUAGUUCUGUAGGAGAAGGCAAAUGGUUUCUGCUGUGGCAAGUGUUGUCGGUUCAAAUAUUUUAUUUUACCCUUUUAAGAUGUGGUUAAUUUGAAGUCCAAAAUUUAUAUUUUUAUUG